CUCCAAAGCACCAACCACCACCCUUGAAACCAUUUUCAACACCAAACUCUGUGCUUUCUUCGCCCUUCGGCGGACUUUCCUAUAAACACCUUUUUCUCCAUUUAAAUAACCCCCAAAACCCUUAACUCUCUUCACCUGAAAUCAACUCUCCUCUCUUUCUGCAUUUUUACAUACAUAUAUACAUACAAAAUGGCUUUAGCUCCAGCUCAGCUCUCUAAGCCCUUUUUUUCCACCAAACCCAAAUCACAAGCGCCGCUUUUCUCAUUACCUGCCUCCCAGAAGAUUCAAUAUCGGCCGUCCACUGUCCGCUGCUCCGUCGCCGCUGCUCCGUCGGCCACUGCAGCCAAGGCCUCCUCUAAGGUGAAAUCUGUCAAGGCGAGGCAGAUCAUAGACAGCAGGGGCAAUCCUACCGUCGAGGUUGAUCUGGUUACCGGCGAUGAUCUUCUUUAUCGAUCGGCGGUGCCAAGUGGAGCUUCCACCGGGAUCUACGAGGCUCUAGAGCUUAGAGAUGGUGACAAGAGCGUGUAUGGGGGUAAAGGAGUCCUCAAUGCUGUUAAAAAUAUUAAUGAAUUCUUGGGCCCCAAACUUGUUGGUGUUGAUGUCAGGAACCAGGCUGACGUUGACGCUGUUAUGCUGGAGAUUGAUGGAACUCCUAAUAAAUCAAAACUUGGGGCUAAUGCCAUUCUUGGAGUUUCUCUCAGUGUGUGUAGAGCUGGCGCUGGAGCAAAAGCAGUACCUUUGUAUAAACACAUUCAAGAAAUAUCUGGAACCAAAGAACUUGUAAUGCCAGUUCCAGCGUUCAAUGUGAUAAAUGGAGGGAGCCAUGCUGGUAACAAUUUGGCUAUGCAAGAGUUUAUGAUUCUACCUGUUGGAGCGUCAACAUUUGCUGAGGCACUUUGUAUGGGUAGUGAAGUCUACCACACUCUAAAGGGAAUUAUCAAAGCUAAGUAUGGGCAAGAUGCAUGCAAUGUUGGUGAUGAAGGUGGAUUCGCUCCGAAUGUCCAGGAUAACAGGGAAGGGCUAGUAUUGCUUAUGGAUGCAAUUGAGAAGGCCGGUUACAUUGGAAAGAUUAAAAUUGGCAUGGACGUAGCAGCAUCUGAGUUCUUGACAAAAGAUGCGAAAUAUGAUCUCAAUUUCAAGAAUCAACCAAAUGAUGGAGCUCAUGUACUUAGUGCUCAGAGCCUCUGUGAACUCUAUAAGGAGUUUGUCAAAGAAUUUCCUAUUGUAUCUAUUGAAGAUCCAUUUGACCAAGAUGAUUGGAGCUCAUGGGCAUCACUACAAUCUUCAGUUGAUAUUCAGCUUGUUGGUGAUGAUUUGUUGGUGACUAAUCCAAAGAGAAUUGCUGAAGCAAUUCAGAAAAAGGCAUGCAAUGCAUUGUUGUUGAAGGUUAACCAGAUUGGUACAGUGACAGAAUCCAUUCAAGCAGCACUAGACUCCAAAGCUGCGGGCUGGGGUGUUAUGGUCAGUCACCGAAGCGGUGAAACAGAGGAUAAUUUUAUCGCAGAUUUGUCUGUUGGUUUGGCCAGUGGACAGAUCAAGACGGGAGCACCCUGUCGGAGUGAGCGGCUGGCAAAAUACAACCAGCUUCUGCGUAUCGAAGAGGAACUUGGAGAUGUUCGCUAUGCUGGUGAAUCUUUCAGAUCUCCAUGAGAAAGCAUCAAAAGCUAAAUUACUGAAACAUUCUUCGCGCCACACCUACAAUAGAUGAAAACUAAAGUAGGGAGAAUCCAUUAAAGUUUUCCUUUUUGUAUACUCAAUCGGCGUUGUUGUUUAGAUAUAUGUAUUCGAGGAGGAUCUGGUAGGCAUUAGAAGCUACUUCUGAUCAACAUUUCAUGCAGUUGUUUUCGAAAAAUAAACAAGUCUUACUUUUAGUUUCCAAAAUGGAAUUCCCUGUCUCCAGCAGGAGUGUUCUCUUUAUCAAAAUAAUAAGGCCCUCCUUUUUGUUAUGGAUGUCAUGACAAUAUUUGUCUAGUUGGGGGAGGCCUGAUAUCAAGUCAAAUCAGUAAUUAUUGUGUUAA